AUUAGUAGUUUCAGUUUAGAAUUGAUACGUUAGCAACGUUCUGAUUUCGACAAGCGCACAAAUUACAAAUUUAUGUACAUAUUUGCUCCGUGCUGCUCUGCAGUACGCGAACACAAUUGCAGCGCAGCAAAACUAGUGUUUUACUUUUGUGAUAAUGAUAAUGGGCAAUAUCGGUGAUAUCACUACAGUUAUCUUCAGACAAACAUAAUAAACAUUGGCUCUUAAGUAAGCGGUGCUAUCCACCAAUCCGUAUCAUGAACUAGGCAUUAUCGGUGUAAUCGAAGAAAUCAGUUUCGAGUGAGUUUCUGUGUUCAGUUUGCACUUUUAUUUGCAAUAAAAUCGAAAACGAAAUCAGUUAAAUGACGUUAGUUAGACUCGCCGGUGAAGAAUUUAGUAGUGCUUUCAACGUGGAGUGGUGAUCACGCAUUUUAUUCAACACGUUCUGAUCUCAUUAAACGUUUAAAUUGAACGUUUGUUUUUUAUAAUUAUUUAAUUGAAUUAUUUAAUUGAAUCAUUUAAUUUUAAACUAAAUUUCGUAAAAUGAAAAUCGAGUGGGCGCCCGUGAAAAUUCCACCUCGCCGUCGCAUACAAACUUUAGCCGCCGGUCUGUAUGUAAUGAUAUUCUUCGCAUUGCCGUUCUGUUCGAUGCUGAUAAUUGCAGCAUUGCUUUAUUACGGCAAUUUUUUAUUGAGGCUCUUAACUCUUGCUUAUCUCACCUACGUUUAUUUCGAUCAUACCAGAAGGCACAGCGUUAUUGAUGGCAAUGGUUGGAUGUUUUUGCGCAGUAAUUUUAUAUGGAAACAUUUUCGAGAUUACUUUCCAAUUGAAUUGGUUAAAACCGCUGAAUUGACUCCUGAUCGAAAUUAUAUAUUGGCCAGUUUUCCGCAUGGCAUAAUUGGUACUGGAAUUUCGAAUAAUAUGGGAAAUCAUAUUGUUAAAUGGUUAGAAUUAUAUCCCGGUGUACGCCCAAAAAUUGGAACUUUAGAUAUGCACUUUUUUACACCAAUUAUGCGUGAAUUACUAAGGUUAUGGGGUCUUGUAUCAGUAUCUAAGGAAUCACUUAUGUAUCAUUUAACUAAAUCAAAUGAUCCAAAGCAUCCUGAUAAUAAAGACGGUUUCACAUCAAAUGCUGUAGCUAUUUUAGUAGGUGGAGCACAAGAAGCACUCGACUCACACCCGGGACGUUAUAUUUUAACGCUUAAAAGACGCAAGGGAUUUGUUAAAUUGGCUAUUAGAACAGGUUCCCCAAUUGUGCCAUCAUUUUCAUUUGGAGAAGUUGAUAUAUUUGAUCAAGUUAAUAACCCACCUGAUUCGUGGCUUAGACGUUUUCAGUCGUUAACUAAAAAACUCACUGGCAUUUCACCAUUAAUAGUGCUCGGACGUGGGUUUUUCCAAUAUACUUUUGGAUUGUUGCCACAACGUAAACAUAUCGUACAAGUUGUUGGUGCACCUAUUGAGGUUGUGAGAAAUAAUAAUCCCGAUCCUGCAUACGUAGAUGAAAUACAUCAAAAAGUUAUUGAUGCUCUAAAUGAUCUUUUUGAAACACACAAAGAAAAAUACAUUGAAAAUUGUAAAGAACUGCAUUUAGUCAUAACGUAAAGUAGA